AUGGCAGACCAGUACGAUCCAAAAUUUGCCGAUCCAGAAGGAACAGCACUCGAUGGACCAGCGCGCAUCAAGGCGAUGUAUCUUCAUCCCAUCAAGUCAUGCGGCUCUAUCGAGGUGAAUCGGGCCUUGCUUACCAAGGCUGGUUUCAUGUACGACAGAUGUUUUGCGCUUGCAUCAGAAAUUGGGACGGAAGACGCCGAUACUGCUCCUCAGUGGCGAUUCAUCAGCCAGCGUACAAAGCCCAUCAUGUCCAAAAUUGAGACGGAGUUAUGGCUCCCACACAAGGAUAGCAACCCCCAGGACUCACUGGUUCAGGCAGGCGGAUGUGUAGUCGUGACAUUCCAGAAUCCCGACGCACCAAGCUGGGUCGAUCGACUUGAAGCCAUUUUUGCGGCAGGGGAUCUAUCAGCGGUACCACAAGUAUCCUUCAUUGCGCCUCUUGAUGUUACUGCCGCCCAGAGAGACGAGUGUCAGAUUGAGAUGAAAACGUUUGGUAUCCAUGGCAGGGAGGCGAAAGGCCUUGAUAUGGGCAAAACACCCUCUAUUGCCGCAUCUUUACCUAGGCUGAAGAAAUUCUUGAAUAUUCCUCAAGAUCAAAGCCUCACACUCUUGAGAUGUACACCCGAUACUUUGGUACGUACGGAUAGAAAUCUCGCGCCGCUCAAACACAUUGGUUCACCUGCUGUGCACGGCUACACAGACCAACAGCCAGUCAACAUCAACAGUUUGUCUUCGGUCCACGCUGUGUCAGCUCUGCUUCCAUCUGAAAAUCAGCCUCUGGACGCGCUCCGCUUCCGUGCAAAUAUAUGGAUCACGAAUAUUCCUGCUUAUGAAGAAGAGACGUGGAAACGCUACCGCAUUCUGCCAAGUAGUGAUAAUACAGAGCCACGAGCUAGUGUGGCUCCGGCAUUGUCUGUUGUCUGUCGCACAUCUCGAUGCACGAUGCCUAACGUCAACCUGGAGACGGGCAAAUUUGACGCGGACACCCCGCCUCCGGAAAAGAAAAAGGGCAGACCACAACCAAGCACAACGCUAGUGCAGUACCGUACUAUCGAGACUGGGAACAAAGCAGCGCUUGGAUAUAUUGGAAUGCAUUGCGUUCCUGAGGAUCGGAGCUUGAAGGAAGCCAAGGAGCAGGAAGUAGGAUUAUACGUUGCUGUCGGUGACGAGAUCGAAGUUCUUGAACGAGGGGUACAUCUAUAUGGGUCCACAGGUGACGAUUAUUAG